AUGGAAGCAGAUGAUGACAUUCCAGAGUUUGUGGAUCACUCGGAUAGAUUGACCGCAGUUGGAGAUCAAGGAGAGUGCAACUGUUGUUAUGCAUGGACAUCCCUGGGUUGUGUAGAAUUCCUAUCAAAUAAGGAUGAACAACCAGAUGAGUUUGUUCAACAAGCCAAACAAGAAUUGGUAGAUUGUCUACCGGUAAAAUAUCCACCAAAAACGACUGCCAAGCCGGAUGCAGUGGGAUGCUUUACAUCCUCUAUAAAUCGAGGAUUUAGAUACGUCAUGAAUUAUGGAGUUGAUGCUGAGGAGAAUUACCAGUAUGUAGGUGGGAAAGGGACUUGUAGAACUGAUUUUGAAAAUGUGGAAGAAAGACCCUAUCGGAUAAUGAAUUUUAAGAAUGUCAACAGUGAAGAUGAAAUGGCCAUACUAAGGGCUUUACGCAUAACAGCCCCUGGGAGCUGCCAUACCACUAUGCAACCCACUAGGGAAAGUCGAAGAGCACAGUUGGUGCAUGGACUUUAUUACUGCUCUUUUUUGCUUAGCACAGGCAUUUAUGAAGGCCCUGAACCUGGUGAGAAAGCAAUUGGUGAUCAUGCAAUAAUACUGACGGGGUAUGGCACAGAUCCGGACACCGGAAUAAAAUAUUACAAAGUAAAAAAUUCGUGGGGGACUAGCUGGGGAGUCGAUGGUUAUGGGAGGCUAAGAAGAGAAUUAAUCAAGCGCAUUGUUGGUUUCUUUCAAGCAAAGCUUAUAACUUGUGAUAGCUCUGCUUUUGUUCUCUUUCUCUUGUCGAAGGCUCUGUUGAGUCCUCGUUGGGACCCAUUAUGUUAG